AUGACCUGUUUAGAUUCUAUGGUCAUGAGGUCAAAGAUGAUGAUCCUAGAUGAAAGUUCAGUGGUGUAUCAAGAAUGGGCGCAUCCAACAUUACCAACGUUUUUAUCCUAUUACAUCGUGGAUAUUCAAAAUCCAGAAGAAUUCAAGAAUGGAGCCAAGCCUAUCAUCGAAGAUAAGGGACCAUACGUCUACAAGAUGUUUGUAGACCGGAAAAACCUGACAUUUCACGGCAAUGGGACUUUGACCUUCAUGCCACAUUAUAUAUAUUUCUUUGAACCUGAGAAAUCGGUCGGCCCAGAAACUGAUCGCAUCAUCACCCCAAAUAUAAUGAUGCUGGCUUCUGUGUUUGCUGGUCGUAAUGAUUCAAAUGAGACUAAGAGUGAUAUGAAUACUUUUCUCAAUCUGAUCGGAGAAGAGGUGACCCUAAAUCUAACUAUCGGGGAGCUCAUGUGGGGCUACAGAAGACUGGGAUGGGGUCCAUUGAAGCGUUUUGUAUCGACUGGCGAGUUUUGGGUACAAGAAAACGAGGAACAAAAGGAGUGGAUGAGACCAGGUUUUCUGUCGCCGAAUCAGACCUCUUCGAGUGACGAUGAUGACCACGAAGAGUGUCCCUACUUCAAUGGAACCAUGUUUCACCCUUAUGUGAAGAAAACCGAAGAACUUACCAUGUUCAACCCUGAAUAUUGUAGGUCUCUGGAUUACGUUUACGAGAAGGACGUCAAUUUCAGAGGUAUUCCGCUGUUGAGGUUCAAGCUUGCCCCACACACGUGGUCUAAUGCCACCGUUUAUCCACCCAACGCGGGCUACUGCUCGGGUAAUCCUGAAUUGUGUGGCGUAUCAGGAUACAUGAGGCAAGAUCCAUGUCGUCAAGGUAGUCCAUCAAGUAUCUCGAAUCCACAUUUCUAUGAAGGAGACCCUUCACUAAUUAAUGCCGUAGAGGGCUUGAAUCCAGUCAAAUAA